UAGGUAUGCUUAACCGCUUUUAUACCAACCAAGUCCUAUAUGGGCCCAAGAACAGGGUGCCCAAGGUGAUAUGUAGGUGUACUGGGGGGCUGGAAUUCGAUAACAAUGACUUACAUCCAGUCUCUCUACGGUGUCUGCUUUCUUUCGUGGGUGUCGUUAUUUUGCCUCCCUAUAUACCUACCUAUAUAUAUUCCACAUAGACCUAUCUCUUCUAUUGCUUCAUCGCCGUCAUCCACACUCAACGAGCUCUAAUCCGGGAUUCGACCACACAAGAAUAAAUAGGUUCACACAUCAUAUGUAACAGAGAAGAAGAGAGCACCGACAUGAGUUCCUCAGCAGUACCGCACCACGCCUACUCGCAGCCGGCCGACAUCCCGCCGCAUCUGUCGGAUCUGCACUGCUUCACCGAAACCGACGGCGUCAUCACCACGACCAUGUUCGACGUGCCGGGGUACCGGGUGGUGCGCGUGCUGGGCGCCGUGUACGGCCUGACGGUGCGGUCGCGCAACCUGGCCGCGAGCCUGGGCAUGGUGCUCAAGAGCAUGGCCGGCGGCGAACUGCGCUGGUUCACGAGCAUGCUAUACUCGGCGCGCAACGACGCCAUAAGCCGCGUCGUGGCCGAGACCAAGGCCCGCGGCGGCAACGCCAUCAUCUGCCUGCGCUUCGAGUCUGGCGACAUGGGCUCGUUCGCGCAGUCCUGCGCGUACGGCACCGCGGCUAUCAUCGAGCGCGUCGACGCCGACGCGCAGGUGCCGCCGCAGCUCGGAUCCAGCCGAUAGGUUCGCUGAAUUGGGGGCCGGAGCAGGAGGAGAUGCUUGCUUGACUAGGUCGAUCCGAUGGGGGGGAUGGGAGGGCGUCCGGCGGCGGCCCGGUUGGGAAUUUAAGACCGCUGCGUAUGGACGUGCAGCUGUGUAUUGAGUUAUCUGCAUGCCUGCUAUACUAUUCUACCGGAAAGGUGAUUUUGCCUGAUCUACUUGUUGGUGUUCGGGCGAUGUACCCAGCUCCACGCGCCUCCUACGUGGCGGAGCAGAUGUCUAGGACCACCCUUCGUAACCUGUGCAUAAUGGUAUCGGGCACUGAUCUGAAGCUGAGAGAGACAGAAUAGAAAAAUAAAGAUUCUGAUGCUGAAAGAGGGACUGGAUAGGACACGCCGGACGGGAUAUUAGGCUGGCCGGUCUGACUUCAGACCUUUGGCGGUUGAUACCAGAGGGAGAGAGAUCGAAUUGAAGAUGUUAGGACGUAGU